UUUAAUUUUUUAUUUCUGUAUUUAUCCACCUUGGCACUAUUCGUGCAUUUCGUGGCUUUACUGUAGCAGCUCUAACAAAAUUGCGCUAGCCACCCCGCCCGUUUACGAGAGAGAGAGAGAGAGAGAGAGAAUGGCUGCCCCUUCGCUUUAUCAAGCCGCUCUGGUGCAAUCGGAGCCCUCCUUCUUUUCAAAGACAGUCCAAACCGCUCAACUAUUUCCCCACCGCCAGCUUUCCAUACCCUCUUCUCGUGCUUUCCUUCUCAAAAGGCAAAGUGGGUUCGUCCCAAAAGCUUCGUUGACGGCCGUCACUGCGCAAUCUAACUCGAACUCCUCCAUUCCCAGGAAAAAUCCCAACAAACCAAUCAUUGUCAUAGACAACUAUGACAGCUUCACCUAUAACCUCUGCCAGUAUAUGGGAGAGGUAGGAUGUGACUUUGACGUUUAUCGCAACGAUGAAGUAACGGUUGAGGAUUUGAAAAGGAUGAAUCCAAGAGGAAUCUUGAUAUCUCCUGGGCCAGGUGCACCCCAGGAUUCUGGGAUAUCAUUGCAAACAGUUCUGGAACUUGGGCCUAGCAUUCCUUUAUUUGGUGUGUGUAUGGGUUUGCAGUGCAUUGGAGAGGCUUUUGGAGGUAAGGUUGUGCGUGCUCCUGGUGGUGUCAUGCAUGGAAAGAGUUCUCUUGUAUAUUAUGAUGAGAAGGAGGAAGAUGGCUUGUUCAGUGGCUUAUCAAACCCAUUCACUGCUGGUCGGUAUCACAGCCUUGUGGUUGAGAAAGAAAGUUUUCCUAGCAAGGAACUUGAGAUCACAGCAUGGACAGAGGAUGGACUCAUAAUGGCUGCUCGUCACAGGAAGUAUAAGCAUCUACAGGGUGUUCAGUUCCAUCCAGAAAGCAUUAUAAGCACUGAAGGUAAGACAAUUGUCCGCAAUUUUGUCAAACUGAUAGAAAGAAAGGAAGCUGAAUCUCAGACUUGAGGGUUGGAUGGCAGACUCAGCAGUACUUAAGCUAUAUAAUAUAUUAUAUAUGCAAUAAGACGACAAUGCAGUCAUGUGCUUUCUGUUUUCUUUCUUGUUCUCAUAGUGUAAUAAGUUUGUGCUUUGGAUGGAUAGACAUUCAGAUGUUCAUGUGGUUUUAGGCAAUAAUGCCAUUUCACAAUUCAGGGUGAAAUUCUCUCUUA